UGAUACGAAAUUUCCUAUAUGACUAUUUGUAUUUAAAUACCUUGGCAUUAAAAUCAGGUGACAUUUGAUUACUUUUGAUGAGAAUUGUGAGGAAUAUUCUAUUGAUAGCAUUUGUUGUAAUUUAAGGUAGGACAGAAACAUUUUAUUCUUUUUGCUAAAUGUGUGUUAAAAACAAAAACAGUUUGAGUUACAGAAAAUGUUCUUGUUGGUGUGAUUUUGAAGCUUGGGCAGAUGUGACUGAUGUGAAGGAGACAACGUUCUCCCUCCCGAAUUUGUUUUUUUUCUGACUCUUUAAUUUUUUGUCUAAUGAACUCUUUGUUUCAUUGAUUUAGGACCAUCAAGGUCAUGGGUGUGCCUUCGCCAUCACGUCCAUUGUUCUCAUGUCAGCCUUGCAGUAAUUCAGGAGAGUGUGUUUGAGUUUGGAGAACUGAGUCAGAAAUAGCCCAGGGGUUUCAUGUGACCCUCUGCUCUGUGCUAUCGAUGAUCAGAUAGCAGUCAGCAGGGUGUGUGCUCCUUACUGGACGGAAAAUAUGUUUAUGUGUAUUCUCUCCAUUGAAAUCCUUAGAAAGGUAUGCAUUGUUUCCAUUUUACGGAAGGUAAAAUUGAAACCACGAGAAGUUAAGAGGUCUUAACCACAGGUUUCAAAACUAAUAAGCAAUCGCAACUUCCUGACUUAAGUUGUAGGAGCAACAGAGGUGGCAUGGAAGAAUCCAAUUUCAAGCUGGUUUACUGCUAUGCUUCACUGCUUUGGUGGGGGAAUUUUAUCCUGUAUUCUGCUUGCAGAGCCUCCAUUGCGGUUUCUUGCAAACCACACUAAUAUUUUGCUGGCCUCUUCAAUCUGGUAUAUUGUAUUUUUUUGCCCAUAUGACCUAGUUUCGCACGGCUACUCAUUCCUACCUAUUCAACUACUGGCUGCGGGAAUGAAGGAAGUGACCAGGACUUGGAAAAUAGUAGGUGGAGUCACACAUGCUAACAGCUAUUACAAAAAUGGCUGGCUGGUCAUGAUAGUUAUUGGAUGGGCCCGAGGUGCAGGUGGUACUAUUAUCACAAAUUUUGAACAGUUAAUAAAAGGAUAUUGGAAACUGGAAAAUGAGGAAGAAUGGCUGAAGAUGACCUACCCUUCUAAGGUAACCCUUCUGGGAUCAGUCAUCUUCACGUUCCAGCAUACCAAACAUCUGGCAAUAUCUAAGCAUAAUCUGAUGUUCCUUUAUACCAUCUUUCUUGUGACCACAAAGUUAACCAUGAUGAUUACAGAGACUUCGAGCGUGACUCUCGCCCCCUUUGAGGAUACGUUGAGUCGGAUGCUGUUUGGCUGGCAGCAGCAGUUUUCCUUUGAGAAGAAAAGUGAAACCAAACCAUCUUCCAAUGGCACUGGGUCAUCAGCCUCAAAACCUGUAGCUGAGGCUUCAGAUCCUGUGAAAAAGAAACAUAAUAAGAAGACUGAGUAAAUGUCCUUGGUGAAUUCUAAAAGAAAAAAAAUUUUUUUCUUAUCUACCUACCAGAUUGUGAUAAUAUUUCUAGGUGAAUAAUGUGAAAUAAAGAUUACGUGUGAAGAAUGGA